GUGACCGACAGACAAAAGUAGAGGGAGGAGCUUUGACUAAGCAAACCAAGAAAGCCAUUCAAUGCCCCACCUGUAGUAAAAAUAACUAUGUAUGUAAAAAUUGCUGGUCUUUGGACAUUUGGGAAUUUCAGAAAACAAGCCAUGGAUUCACAACUGAGAAAGCUGGUAGCGGGUCUUUUUCUACUGUCAGCAAUCUUUGUCUCUGGUGUCAAAGCUUGGACAGGUGAAAUACACGGAAGAGUUGUUUGUGAUGUUUGUGGUGAUUCUUCCAUCGGACCUGAAGAUCAUGUUUUAGAAGGCGCUGAAGUAGCUGUCCUUUGCAUAACGAAGUCCGGGGAAGUUCUAAACUACCAGGCCUUCACAAAUGAUAAGGGGAUUUACACUGUGGCAGAGACCAUGUCAGAGAGUGACCGUUGGGAUGCAUGCCUCGCGCGACCUAUCAGCAGUUUCCAUGAGCACUGCACCCAACUUGGAGAAACUAGCACAGGGGUGAAGUUCAGUUAUAGUCGUCCAUCUGGAUUUUCUCACAGAGUCAAACCUUUUGUCUAUAGCCCUGCCAAUGUGCCAACAUACUGCAUCUAGAUGUUAGUUAUCUUGUAUAUUCACAAGUUUUGAGCUUGUUAUAUCUAGAAGAAAAAUAGAAAAACAGAUUAGUUUGUUCUAAAUUCCAUGGUGCAUCUAUGCAAGGACUUAGAUAAUAGGCCAGUGCUACUGCUGCAUUCAGAAGGUUUAUAAAGCCAAACUCUAAUUAUGUUUGUACUAGGUUUUGAUCACUGUUGCACUGUAAUAUGCAUCCCCUAUUCUGGCUU